UAGCGUAUGUUUACGUAGCAACAGUCCGGAAGAUGUCGCUCAGGCCAGUCCUAAAAAACUUCCGCCUGAAGUUGUAAAGAAAACAUUGCAGCUAAAAGGCAAUCGACGGCGUAACCAACCCAUUUAAGAAGUCAGACCAAAGGCUCUUGUCACUCUGGAGCUUGUGUGGUUUCCGGGGUUUUGUGUGAGUGUGUGUGGGUGAGUGUAUGUGUGAGUGUGUGUGACCUGCAGAUUCCUCCUCACCUUUUCACCAACAGCUGCUCCUCCCCUGGAGGAUGACAAUGGAGGAGAUGAAGAAUGAAGCGGAGACAAACUCCAUGGUAUCCAUGACGCUGUACGCUGUGAUGUACCCAGUUUUCAACGAGCUGGAGAGGAUCAACCUAUCAGCUGCUCAGACGCUCAGAGCAGCCUUCAUAAAGGCGGAGAGGGAGAACCCCGGCCUGACUCAGGACAUCAUAAUGAAGAUCUUGGAGAAAAAGAACGUCCAAAUCAACUUCACUGAAUCUCUACUGCGCAUGGCGGCUGAUGAUGUGGAAGAGUUCAUGAUCGACCGGCCUGAGCAGGAGUUCCAGGACCUAAACGAGAAGGCCAGAGCCCUGAAACACAUCCUCAGCAAAAUCCCUGAUGAGAUCAAUGACAGAGUACGCUUCCUACAGACUAUCAAAGACAUAGCCAGCGCCAUAAAAGAGCUCCUGGACACAGUCAACAACGUCAUAAAGAAAUAUCAGUACCAGAAUCGCAGAGCCCUGGAGCACCAGAAAAAGGAGUUUGUGAAAUACUCCAAAAGUUUCAGCGACACCCUCAAAACAUACUUCAAAGACGGAAAGGCAAUAAAUGUCUUCAUCAGUGCAAACCGGCUCAUCCACCAAACCAACCUCAUACUGCAGACCUUCAAAACUGUGGCCUAGCCUUCAGAGACCACAGAGUCCCCCUCCUCCUCCACCCCUCCCACCCUGUGGGGAGCAACUGCUAGAAAGGUGGAAGCUUGAAGAGCGCCUGACCCGUAUAUGUAAAUUAGACAGAGUUGAUUUAGGGUUGGGGGGUCGAUUCCAUUGAAGUUGAUAUUCUAGAUUCCAGUUAAAGAGACUGAAAAGUGCCAUUUGUUUUUUUUUAAAUGAGGAUUUUCCAGUCUUGAAAUGGAACUGAACGGGCCCAAAGUGUUGGUUGAUUGAUUUUAUUUGGACAGUUUUAAUUUAUAACCCUGGUCUUGUUGGGAGUAGGUGAGGCGAGGUGUUUAUCAAAGACUAAUUGCCAUUUUUCUAAUAUAUUCAUGUUGAUCAUUUUACUUUUAGCUUUUCAUUCAUGGCUACACAUCUCAGACCGCUUUCAGUAGAGGUGUGUCUCAGUCGUCUUUACUGGUUUUCUCUUCUCGGCUCCUUUUUGUGUCAUUUUGCCAUGUUCUGUACGCGCAGGAUCUAGCUGCGGGGAGAGGAAGCAGAGCUGGACAUUUGAGAGGCAGACACAGAUAUCUUUUUUCUCUCUAUUAUCAGAAGACAGAAAGCCAAAUGACUUCCAGCACAGUGUGCGCCUUACCAAGUCCUGUAACAUUCCCUCCUCUCAGUGUAAUGAAGUGGAGCCUGGGACGUAGAGAGAAUUGAAAGUUCUGUAUUUAACUGAUAUCUGGUUGCAAAUGUUCAAUAAAUAGUUUCCAAAUGAUGAUGCUUUUU